AGCGGUGAUUGGUCCUGCAUUGCUAUGACAAUUCAAGAAUGCGUAUUUUCAAAUUGACAUUUGAUCCAUCAAGAAAGGAACUAGUAUUACCUCGAAAAGUUAUUCCGAUCAAGCUAAAAACAGUCUUUUGUGGAAUAUUGCUCAGACUGGUAAAGAUUUGGAGAAAUUAGGCAGAAAUGAGUGCGCCAGCUGUUUUUGUUCAGCAACCGGUUGUUGUUGCCCAGGCCAGACCUUCCCCAGCAAAUAACGCAAGUUGGAUUUCUGCGACACGGGGCCUUGGCAUAGCUCAGAUCGUUCUUGGCUGCUUCACUGUGCUUUUUGGGAUUCUUACUAUUGCAUUGCUGCGCUACUGGGCUGGACACGUAGGAUUCGGGAUAUGGGGCGGCAUAUGGAUUAUCAUUGGAGGAAUUCUUGGGGUUUCAUCAGCUGCAAACACUAGCAAUGCAUGUCUGAAUGGCACAAACAUGGCAUUUGCAAUAGUUUCCUGUGUGGUCUCGUUCAUCCAGUUCAUUGUGUACUGUAUUGCUGCAGGUUACUACAACUCUUCCUAUUCCUGUGGAUAUUACUACUACCACUAUAGCUCAUGUUAUCAUGCACAUCGAAACACAGGUGUUGCUUUGUAUGUCUGUUUUCUGCUGAUUAUGCUUGCAGAAUUCUGUAUUGCAUUGGCUGCUGCAAUCUAUUGCUGUAAAAAUGGAUGUUGUGGUACCCAGGUUAACACAGGAGCCGUCAUUGUACAGGGGCAGCCACAACACGCAAUGGUGUUUCAAUCUUCUGGAAUGACCACUAUGGCAUAUCCUAUGUCAAGUGGCAUGCCAGUGUCAUAUGCAACACCAGUAGCCUACACCACACAGCCACAAAUGGGCCACUACCCACAGGGUCCAUACAUGGCAACGGCUGGCUACAAUCAAGGGCCAAACCCGACUGCCAUGACAUAUGAACCAAGCAAAGAGGGCAGUGCACCUCCACCGUAUUCCAGCUAAUGUAUUCAGUAAUUUGAACUAUCUAUUAUUGUUUAUUUAGCAAUGACACCAAGUAAGGCGUUUAUGUCUAGUAACGCUGGUAUGAUAAUUUCCACUUUUAUCUCAUUGCCUUAGUACCCUAAUGAUUAAUUAUAAAUCGUAGAGUUACCGCACUAAUAUCGAGAUGGCAAAACGGAUAGUCAUCGUAGGAAAGAUUGCUGUUAUGAAAAACGUUUUGAAGUUUGAAUAAUACGCAAAUAGGCAAGAAGUAUCUUCAAACAAACUGAUUAUUAACUGCGACGGGUUUCAAUUUGUAGAGGUCCCCGCCAUUGUAGCUGAAGAUCUUGUGCAUCAACUUGAUCAUUUUAACCCAUGGUAUGAGAAAAUUAAGGGUGACUCGCCCAUUGGAGCACGUUUUCUUUUUUCAUUGAUAUGACCGCUUUCUUUGUAACGGUUUGUAUAAUAGCUUUGAUAGGCUGAGGUAUUGGCUGUUAACUUACAGGGCCUCUCCAGUUACAAUUGUAUUCAUUUUUAUUGACUUUUAUUUAUGAUGAUAUGAUAUUACUACUGUGUUCACUAUGACAAAUUGGCAUCUUUGCUUAAUACAAAUUUUUAUUGAUUAUAGGGUCCACAAGUGUCCUUCCAGGAAAAAAUCUAACAUAGACCAAUAGGUUUGUUGACACUGCUACGUCACAAUGCCCUGCUCGAAAAUUAUUAUACACUCGAAGGGCCUUGACGUAAGUCUGAAGCAGCCUAGGUGCCUCAACCUAUUAUAUAUACUCGAUAGGUUGCGUAAAUGAUUGCAAAAAGCUAAGUUUGUCUGGUUAAUUUGAUCUAUUCGAUUUCAAUUGAGUAUGUUGGCCCAUAAGUCAAAAUCUCAAGUGUAAUUUAAAAUUUCGAGUGUAAAUCACAACACAAGAUGCAAAACUUUUAUAUUAUUUUUGUUUUCGUAUCUGAUACUCGAAAAGAAAUGAGCACUUCAAACUUUCAUUCUGAGAAUUGAAUGCUGCAGAUCUGCAACUCUACCACCAAUUGCAACUAGCAUCUUGUGAUCCCGUGGCUUCACACAGUAUGAAGACGAGGUCAUCUAAAGUACAUUGUGGCGUAAUAUUAAAGAAACAGCGUUACAAAGCCAAUAAUUUAUUUUCAUGUGAUUAAGAUAUAUUGUGAAAAUACACGCUCUUUAACCCAACAGUUAAAGGAAAUGAAUAAGACUAGCUGUUAAACAGAACUGAAUAUUUUAACUGAAGAGGCUUUUUACAUUUGUCAAUGUAUUUUUUUACUUCUUGAUUCUAAUAUGAUUUGAUCAUUAAGGUAACCGGGUGUUUGAUUUUACAGCAUGAGUAGCAAA